AUGCCUGAAGCUUCAAGCUCGUCUGUUGGAAUAUCCUUCGACCGCCCACCUUUGAACUACACGGUGUACUACGAUGCCAACGACUUCUGCGCCAUCCAGAUCGAGCCGUCAACACUUCCACUUGGACCAUACACCUUCUUGGCAUCAGUCCCUACUGAGUCGGGCCGCACGCCGCACAAGCUUGAGCCCGUGUCUAUUGAACAACCCCCCGGCUCCGUUCGAUGGAUUUUAGAUCCUGCUCUCAUAGCGAAGAUCGGUAGUACGGUCACCAUCACCGUCAUCUGUCGGAUGUAUCAUAAGUGCCGGCCUAUCCGCAUUUGGGCCAUGACUUGCAAUAUUGAGUUGGGGAUGAAGCACGAAAUCCUUGUGAGAGUAUCUAUCGGUGAUAUCCAAGCUGAUCAAGUUUGGGCUUUGGCCCAACUUGCCUCUCAUCUUUACGCUCAGCUUCGGUCCUCUGGAACAAUUCGCCCGAAUACACCUGUCGGUCGCGCGGCAGCGAGCGCUGAGGCUGAUGGGCGCUCUCUUGGCGACACAAUAUCCGAUCCGGUUUCCUCAGACUCAGUUACCGACGCUCAAGACGAUGGACCCUCAUGCGGAGAGAACGACGGCGGGGACAAGGAAGGCCUUGAAGAGGAAGAUCUUGGGGAGGAAGACCUGGGAGAAGGGGAUAAACUGGAUAAGGAGGAUGACCUGCGUGGACAGAGUGCGAGAGAGUUGCAGUUUCGUCGUCACAAACCCUACGUCGUGGACGGGCAAUCGCCGAGUGGCGGUAGGAAGCGCUUUCAUCUUGUCCAACAUCCCGCUCCUGUGCUUGGAGAGGAGGACAACCUGGUUGGGGGGGGAAACCUUGUCGGGGGGGAAGCGUACGUGCUGCUCUGA